UUUAGCCGCAGUGCGCUUGCAUACUUACUUCUCCGUACAUAUAGUAAGAAAUAUGUCAGCAUAUUUAUGCUGUGCACCGAUUUUCGACGAACAAAAUAUGCAUCAAAACGACUUGGCCACCAAGCCCUUGAUUGGCAUACUAUGUAUGGAUCGAAAGAAUACAAUGAGGGAGGACAUUUGUAGUUAUAUCGAUAAUUCUUACGUAGAGUAUUUGGAGGCUGGAGGCGCUCAAGUUGCUCCCAUUUGGAUCAACAAAGGCCCAGAGUAUUAUAAUUAUAUGCUGAACAGGAUAAAUGGCAUUCUAUUACCUGGUGGCGCAGUUUUUGUCAACGAACAUGAUCCUGCUCGCUUAGAAUUGACUAACAAUUGUGUUCGGGCCGUGGAUAUGAUAAUACGCAUAGCAAAAGAAAAGUACAAGGAGGGUAUUCAUCUGCCUGUGUGGGGUACUUGUUUGGGAUUUCAACUUUUGAUACUCUAUACCACCAGUCUGGCAACAACAACAUAUGGCACGGAUCCACGUGAAAAAUGCAAAUAUAUGGAAUGCCUUCUACCCGUGGACUUUCUGCCAGACUUUCGGGAUUCAAAACUUUUUGCUCAUUUGCCACACGAAUUGGAGACUAUUAUGCGGAAUGAACCAUUUGGUCAUCAUCGACAUAAAUAUUGCUGGACCAUUGAGUUAUGUAAAAGUUUCGCAGAUGACUGGCAUGUAUUGGCGCAAAACUCAGAUGGCAAUGGCACAGAAUUCGCUUCGAUUGUGGAACACCGCAAGUACCCCUUUUUCGGGACACAAUUUCAUCCCGAAUCGGACUGCCCCGAGCAUUGUAUUAAAGUGAGAGGAUAUUUAGCGAAGUUCUUUGUAGACGAGUGCCGUCGUUGCAGUAAUCGAUUUGAAAACGCCGAAGAGGAAAGACGACAUUUAAUACAAAAUUUUCCUGUCGAAUAUGAAGAAAACAAAAAUAUACGGGCGUUUGGCGGAUGCCCUGAUUACCCUGAGUAAAUGAAAUUUACAAAAUACUUAUAGUAAAAAGAAAUAAACAAUUUGUGAUAGUCGAAGACUGUUUAUUAUAAUUUUCGAAUUCACUGUGAAAACGUACUUCUGUGUAUAAUUUAUGUUAAUCUUAAUGAUAAUAAAAUUAA